UGUGUUAUGGCACUUCAUUGAAGAAGAAAGCUGGAAGGCGAUUCUUAUACUAAUGAAGUGACAGUAUUCAACUGAUAAUGCAAAAGUUAGUCAAUGAUGUAAAUCAGCUUGCUAUUACCUAAACUUAAUAGAACAAUCAAAAGUUUGAAAUAUCUCUUUCAAACAAUGACGAAAAUUGUUGAUUUUAACAAAUAACAAUUAUAUCCUGACAUUUUUUUCCAAGACAUGAUGAGGAGUGCUUAGGGGAAGAUUGAUCAAAAUGGCGAUGGAGAGUGUGCCAGAGGAACACUAUAUGAACAUUAAGGUCACACAAGUAAUAGACCCAAGUAAUUUUUCUGCACAGAUAGGAUAUGAUAUCAGUCAGUUAGAAGCUUGGGAAAAGAAACUUCAUGAGUACUGUGAAUGCCUGUAUGAAGUGGGUUGUGAUGUGUCCCAGCUUCAUGUAGGCCAGUUGGUGCUGGUUCACAGUGGAAUUGACAAUACCUGGAAGAGAGCAGAGAUUGCUAGAGUCAACAGAGCAAAUGAUGACAUAGAUGUUCUUCAUAUUGAUUAUGGUACCACUGAGAUCUUAUUUGUAGAUGAUGUUUAUGAUAAAGUGCCGGAGGAAUUUGCUGAACCUGCUCCUUUUGCCUUCAGAUGUAGAUUAGCAGGAGUCAAACCAAUUGCUAGUUCUUGGAUAUCACGUGCGACCCAAACCUUCUCAAAGCUAGUCUUCAACAAAACUCUGUCUGCCAUAUGGUUAGAUUAUCAGGAAGAUGUUGCAAGUGUUGCCAUUAUUUUGAGUCAGGACGAAUUUGGACAGAAGAAAUCUGUUGCCCAGGUUUUGGUGGAUGAGGAGGUAGCAGUGGCCAUAGAGAACUUAAGUUUAUCAAACAAAGACUCUGUUCAAACUAAGAAAGAAGCAGUCCAAAAAGCCCACCGCAUCCCUGGGUUUAAAUUGGAAAUGCUAGCUCCAAAGAAAUUUAAAGACGAAGAGUCAGAAGAAUCUGAUAAUGAAGAAACUGUUAAAGCUGAUCCAGAAAUAGAGAUUAUGAAAGCAGGACUAGGAGACACAGAUUGGGAACAGUCUGAUCUUACUAUUGCCAAAGGAUACUGCCCAGAGACCAAUAUCAACAUCAUGGAAAACAUACGCUCAGAGAUCAGAGGCAUUAGAGGAGAGAAAAAAAUGGAGCAAAAAUUCAAAGGUAGAGGAACUAGGUUCCCCACUUUGAGUCCAUCCAAAGAAAAUCCACCUGGUAAUCCAGACAGAAUGAAGCUUUCUCCUGAGAUGCCUAUCAAGCACAAAGCUGCAAGGUCACCAUUACAUUAUCCGAAUUUUGACAAUAAAAGCCACACAAAUAGAAACCCGAGUGCUGGCCUAAAAAAUACAGAAAGGCAACAGAGGUCUUCAAUCCAAAAAGAAGAGAGGAAGGGCCAGUUAUCUCAACAAGAUCCCAGGUCAAAAGAAAAACUGAAAAAUGAGUAUGAGUGGCAGAAAUAUCAAUUUUCAAGAAAGGUUAAACAGGUUGUGGCUAAAGUAACUGCUGAAAACAUUGAGGCCAAAAUAUUAGAGUUAAAGGAGUUGGUGUUUCCUGUCAACAGUUUUUUGAAGAACCUUCCAGGUCCCAAAGAGCUGCAUUUAUUCAUGGAAGUGGUUUUAGAGCAGUGUAUUGAGCAAUAUGACUCAUUCUGCAAACUGGGUUUUACACUGUUAAAAGAAUUCCAAGCUUUGCCUGACUUCUCAUCCAGCAUGAAAGAACUUGUAUGGAAAUUGCAGAACGAGUAUGUGAAGACAGCUGUUAAUGAUGAAGUGCUUCCAACUGUGACCAGCUAUUGUCAAGUUCUAGGAGAGAUCUAUUGUUAUGAAUGGGAUAACAGUGUCAGUGAAGUGAUAUCAAAGUGUUUGGUCAACUCUUUACUGAAAUGGAUUCAUUUCAACAAAAAGAGGCAGCACUUUGAACCAGGUGCAUUGGAAUCUCUUCACUUACAUUGUGCUUUCAAGGUGUUAUGCAUUGCUGGACCUAAAAUGGACCAAGAAUUAAGUUCAGAUAUGGAAAUUUUGUUUCAUGAGUUAAAAGAGAAGGUUUUGUCUCAAGAACUCAAGCGUACUGACAAAGAAAAGUGCCUCGACUUGCUGCUACUGAGAGCUUCAAAAUGGGGACAGAAAAACAGUGAAAGCAGGCAAACAAAAAGCCAAGAGCAAACAAAGGAUGACACAAUUGAAGUACAAUCUGAAAGCAGUGCCAGCUUGACUGGUGAAGAUGUACUUGUGGAGGACCUAUUUGAUGAAGAUGCAGGCAGUGAUAAAGAUAUUAAAGGCCAGCCUGACCAAGACACGGGGGAUGACCAGGAAGAGAGUGAUCAGUAUAGAGAAGUGAAGAACAUGCUGCAUGAGUUACAGCUUGAAGAUCUCUUAGAGAACUUUGAGGCAAAUGGUAUUAGGGAUUCUAUUUUGCACAUUGACCUGGUUGAUCUGAAGCCUUUGAUGAAAGAAUGUGGUUUCAAACCUGGAUUCAUUUUAGAAAUUGGAAAAUACUUGGAAAGAAAAGAAAAAGUGAAUUUGUUGUGUGUGGCAGGUGGAGACUUGAAGGAGAUUGGGGAAGGGCAGCCAAACAUAACUGGAAAGAUAAAGAAAGAGCCAAAAACAAAGGUUGCGGCCAAGAAGAAUAUCACUGCAAAAUCUCCAUUAAAAGAUUUCAGAGGUGGGAAAUCAUUAAUCACCCAGAAAUUAGAUGGUUGUGAAAAAGUGCAAAGUCCUGCUGAGUUGACAGUUGGGCAGAAGCAGAUUUCUGUGGAUCAGGAGUCAAAGGAGGUUACGCUUGGGAUGAAAAAUGUUGCCAAUUGGAUAAGGAACACACCAGGUCAUCUGGGACCCACUGAUACUGAGAAAAAAAAUCUUGAUACUGGCUCAAAUAGAAAUACAGGUAACUGUGAUUUGAAAACCGUGCCAAAAUAUGUGCCACCACACUUAAGGAUAACAGAAAAAAACAAAAAUAAUACCUUGAAAUCCAGUUCCCCUAGGGAAGAGAGGUCCAUCUUAAAUUCAGAUAAUGAUGAAACUUACAAUUUUUCCAAGAGUCUCACGGAUACAGAUGAAGCUGAACCCCAAUGUAAAAAGGAGUCAUGGGAGAUAAAACCCAAAGGUGUGUGGCAAGCCACUGGAGAUUUAAGUAUCCAUAAUGUAUGCAAUACAGAAAGUUGGCCUACUUUGGCUGAUUCUAAAACAGUUGCCAAGCCUAUAGGUCACAAAUUUGUGGAAUUUCCCAAAGUUAUUCAAGCAGUGGAAAAGCCAGCUGCCAAAACCUCCUUUGGUCAGUUUGGUGCUCCACGAGCUUGCACACUUUGCAAAAGCCCCACUCAUCAAACUUACGAUUGUCCAAACACAGACAGAUUGUUUUUGUAGUGAAAGUUUAUCUUUGUUGAAUAAUUUUGUAUUAGAAACUAGGAAAGAUGUCUUUAUUUAACCUAGACAUGAAAAGCCAUAUAGUUUUGUAUUUAAAUCACAUUAUGAUAACAGUAUUAUUUGUAUAACUUUAAAAACAUGUAACCAUUGAUAAUUUUGUUUUUAUAUUCCUGAAAUCAACAUUUUUUAUAUCUGCUGCACUGAUAUAUUCCUCACAGCAGAUUUCUUUGUUUACUUCUUUUAUAUCACUGUAAUGUCAGUAUUAACUUAAGUUAAUUGAAACUAAUCACUUAAAUCUGAUAUUUCAUAUAAGCUCUUUGGUUCCCAUUGUUCUUGCCUGAGACAUUUAGUCAAUCUCAUUUUUUUGUUGUUGUUGUUUUGCAUGGCAUGCUAUGAGCCCUUUUUUUGUCAUUAAUCUAAAGGAGCAUCCAAUAUGCCACAGCUUAGCAUUGGUUUCUGUUGUGACAUUUCUGAUGAAGUUUCUAGUCUUCCAAGAAAGGAUAUUAAUCUGUGACAGGGUGUGCCACAACAGACGUUUAUGUUUACUUACAUUUAUGCACAAAGUUGCUACAUUAUAGUUCUCUUAAU